AUGCACAACCGAAAACGUGAUGUAGAGUUUAAGAGCAGAAUUGAGGAGUUAGAGAAAAGUAGAGCAGAUACUGUUUCUGAGAAUGCUGAACUUAAAACUAAAGUAGCAAAAUUAAGAAGUGAUUUCGAGGAAAUCAAAUCAAAGAGAAUAACCAUCGAUUCUCCGGAGCAAUUACCAAUUUCCUCAUCGGCCAAAAAUGAGAUG